AUUCUGGCUCACCAAAUUUUAUCGUUGAAAAUUUUCGUUUUUCAUUCAAUUUUUAGCCGAAAAAAAUGUCCUUGGUUAAUUAUGGUUCUAGUGAUGAUGAUGAUGAAAAUGAAUCCGAUGUAAUUUCAGAAACUUUGCAAUCCGAAUCAAAUGAACAGAAAUCUAUUCAUUCAAUUUCAGAUAUAAAAUCCACAAAUGUUCAUUCUCGUCCAUCAUUAUCAUCAUCACUUUCUUCAUUAACUUUUAAAAGUCUUACAAAACCAACAAAUUUCAUCACAUCAAAUUCUCGGAUACAAAUUAAAGCUUUUGAUGAUGACUUAGUGACGAAUCGACAAGAUAGUGAUUCCGAUGAUGAAGAUAAUCGUGCACGAAAACGCAUGAAACGUUCGGAAAAAGGUUCAAGUUUGAUAUCAAUGUUGCCUAAACCUAAAACAACUAUCAUAAACAGCGAUAAACAAACCACAAAUGGAUCAACAACCUCUUCUCUAGUUUCUUUGGUUCCGAAUUCUGUUUCGAAUCGUACAAAAGCUUCUGAAAAAACUUCAUUAUCUACAAAAUUAAAAACGGUAGAAAAAGAAAGUGUUUCAAAUUUCUUUUUCGCUGAUUCAGACAAUGACGACGAUGAUGCUGAUGAUGAUGAUAAUGUUAAAAUCAAAAUGAUUCCAAAACCUUGGCUGACAGAAGAUACGAAUAAUAAAACAGUUAUGGAUUUAAACUAUCCACCUGCACCCUGUUCAUCAUCAUACCAAGCUGAAGAGGAAAAAAUAUCGGCACCAAUUUAUGGCCCAUCCAAACCAAUCGAACAAGAAGAACAAUCAUCGAUCCAUUAUCUUGAUCCAAAUGAUGACAUAACAUAUAAAAAAUACAUUGCAUCAAAAUUCGAUGAUAAUACUGAGAAUAUCAAAAUUAUCGAUGUAAAUCUUAAUCAACAUUUGUCAGAAAACAAAGAUUGGUUAAAAAAUAUUUCAUUGGAAAAAGAUAUCGUAGAUGAAGCACUGGAAGCAAAAGCACCAAAUUCAACGGCCAAACGAAAGAAUCAGAUUACAUUUCUUGCUUAUCAGGCUAAAAAACGUGAAUUAGAAUUAAAAAAUCAAUGGGCACAGAAUCGUCUAUCGAAAUCACAGACAAGAGCAAAAUAUGGAUUCUAAUGAUAAUAGAUUCGAGUCGUAUUUUUUUUCAUUAUAAUUUUUAUUAUGAUAUUUUCAAUAUGUACAUAAUGUCCAUUUUUUUGGAUUCUUUCUUGAUCAAUAAAUUGAAGGGUGUAAAAUUUUACCCAAAAAUUUCUUGCGAUGAAUAUGUUAUGUAAAGAAAACCAUCUUUAUCUUUAUGUUCUUUA